AUGGACUGGCCGCGUUUGCCCUUGCAAGAUGGGACUCUUGUCCCCGUACUCGGGUUUGGAACAGGAACCGCCUGGUUCAAGAACGACCCCAACGACCCCGCCAACCCUGAGUUGAUCGAGGUUCUCAAAACAGCCCUGUCCAAGGGUUUCGUUCACAUUGACACGGCCGAUGCGUACGGAACAGAGAGCGAGGUCGGCAUCGCCAUCAAGGAAAGCGGCAUCCCACGAGAUAAGCUCUUCAUAACCACCAAGGUGAUGGCUGGAUGGAAGGACGUGCCCGCCGCGCUGAGGAAGAGUCUUGAGAGACUGCAGUUGGAUUAUGUGGAUCUAUAUCUGCUCCAUAACCCGUACCUCAUUCCGACGACCGAAGAUCUCCAGAACGCCUGGAAGGGGCUAGAGACCGUGAAAAGCGCAGGUCUGGCCCGGUCCAUUGGCGUAUCGAACUUCCAGCGUCACCACCUCGAAGCUGUUCUAGACAUUUGCACCGUCGUCCCGGCCAUCAACCAAAUCGAGUUCCACCCCUAUCUUCAACGUGACGCAGACUAUAUCCCGUGGAUGCGCGAGAAGGGAGUCGAGGUCUCAUCCUUCAAGACCCUGGCCCCUAUUACCGUGGGUGCUGGCGGGUUUCUCGAUCCCGUCCUCCAGUCCAUUGCGGAAACCCACGGAGUAGCCACCAGCACCGUGCUUUUGAGCUGGGCUAUCGGCCGGCAUGCUGUCCCCAUCACAACCACAUCCAAGGGCGAGAGAAUGGAUGAGUAUCUAGCCGCCGUUACGCUCAAGCUAUCUACUGAGGAGGAAGAGGAAAUUACUAAGGUUGGCCUGCAGCACCACUUUCGCUGGUGGGGGAGGAAGUUCUUCGGCCCGGAUGACCGAUCUUGA